AUGGCUGCCGUAUUUCCACAACCAGCGGAGUCCUCUUUCGAGGAGAAGAUGGCUGCCCUGGAGAGCACCCCACUCUUUAUGAAAUCUCUGCCUUCAGAAGAAUCUAACGACCCUGUAAUUCAAGCCUUACAAAGCCUCGCCUUCGAUGGAACACCAGAUGAGAUCGCUCAAAAUUUCAAAGAGCAAGGAAACGACUACUUCAAAGGAAAACGCUAUCGAGAAGCAAUUAGCUUCUACACGCAGGGAAUUGAUGCCAAGCCAUCUGAUAUUGCAUUGCACGAAGCUCUGUUAUGCAAUCGUGCCGCAUGCAACCUCGAACUAAAGAACUAUGGUUCUGUGCUCAGAGACUGCUCGAAGGUGCUUACCCUGAAUACGAAGUCUUCGAAAGCCUAUUACCGCUCGGCUACGGCAUUAUUCGCGCUGGAGCGUUAUGAAGAGUCCCUCGAUUGUUGCGAGAGAUGCCUGGAGUAUGACCCAGAAAACAAAGGUGUUAGGUCAGUCCGCGAUCGUUCCGCAAAGGCGAAGGCAGAGAAGCUUCGCAAAGAGAGUGAAAAACAGGAACGAAUACAUAACAAACAAAGAGAGAAGAAACUCCUGCAGGUGGCGUUCAAGGAACGAAAUUUGUUUGCCGUAUACAACCCAAAAGGGUCAUCAGAGAACCCAUACGAGCCUCACUUUGACCCAGAGGACCCUGAAGGAACAACGUUGAUAAUCCCCGUGUUCUUCUUGUAUCCACAACAUGCGACAUCGGACGUCAUAGCACAUUUUGUUGAAGAUACCACCUUUUCGACUCAUAUUUUUCAAAUGUUUCCACCGCAGGCGCCUUCACCCAGCUGGGAUAAAGCCGGGCAGUACAUUUCGAACAACCUCGUGGUAUACGCAAUAACAAGAAGGAAGCGGCUACUCAAAGUUGGCAAGAAGAUGUCAUUGAGGGACGUGUGCAAUGCUGCGAAAGCGAAAGAAGGGGACCCUGACGAUGGAUUAGAAUUGAAAGACGGGUGUUUGACGUUUGUUGUUGUUCCAAAGGGAGAGGUAGAGCAGAAUUGGGUAGAUGAAUUCAAGCGGACACGAAAGCACGUGCACAAUGAAUCCAUGUCUGUCAACCACAAGAUCCUCCGUACUGCAAAUGCACCCACUACCUCCCCUGAUGAAACCGAGGUUUCCGUCGCUCAGGCCCUAAUCGACCUCGAGAACAAUGUCCCUGAACUGAAGACUGAGCUUCGUGCUCUACAAAUUUCUGCCGCACGUGAAGUUGAUGUACGAGGUGGAAAGAAGGCUAUCGUUGUGUUCGUUCCCAUUCCCCAACUCAAGGCAUUCCACAAGGUGCAGCAGAGACUUACUCGUGAGUUGGAGAAGAAAUUCUCUGACCGCCACGUCGUUUUCGUUGCUCAGCGCCGGAUGUUGAGCAAGCCUACCCGUAACUCACGGGUGAAGCAAAAGAGACCCCGUUCUCGUACACUCACCGACGUACACGAGAAGAUCCUUGAGGACCUUGUCUUCCCGACUGAGAUUGUUGGCAAGAGGACCCGGGUAUCUGCUGACGGAUCAAAACUUUUGAAAGUCAUCCUUGACCCUAAAGAUGCAACAUCGCUCGAGUAUAAACUUGAUUCGUUCUCUUCAGUAUACCGCCGUUUGACGGGCAAGGACGUGACAUUCGAGUUCCCCCCUGCAAACCAAGAGUAG